AAAGAACCCAAAGUCAUAAAAUAAUUGUAAUAGAAAAAAAAUAUAGUGACAAUUGUCCAUUUUGAAAUUUGUUUCGCACACGUAUUAUGUGCGUUGAGUCUUGUCCUUAAAUUUCUUAGAAGUCCCUUUCACACAUUAAGAUGGUCAGGGAGGACAAGGCUACUUGGAAGUCCAAUUACUUCACCAAACUCAUUCAACUUUUAGACGAGUACCCAAAAUGUUUCAUCGUGGGUGCAGACAAUGUGGGCUCAAAGCAGAUGCAGCAGAUCCGCAUCUCGCUCCGUGGCCACAGUAUUGUGAUGAUGGGCAAAAACACCAUGAUGCGUAAAGCCAUCAAGAACCAUCUGGAGACCAACCCAGCUCUUGAGAAGCUGCUGCCGCACAUUAAGAGCAAUGUCGGCUUUGUGUUCACCCGUGGAGACCUUGUUGAUGUGCGUGAUAAGCUGUUGGAGAACAAGGUGCGUGCUCCGGCUCGUCCUGGUGCCAUUGCGCCUCUAUCUGUCGUCAUUCCCGCGCACAACACUGGUCUUGGUCCUGAGAAGACCUCUUUCUUCCAGGCUCUCUCCAUCCCCACCAAGAUUUCUAAGGGUACUAUUGAAAUCAUCAACGAUGUCCACAUUCUGAAGCCCGGCGACAAGGUGGGCGCCUCUGAAGCCACCCUGCUCAAUAUGUUGAACAUCUCGCCCUUCUCAUAUGGUCUUGUUGUCAAGCAGGUGUACGAUUCUGGCACCAUCUUCGCUCCGGCAAUCUUGGACAUCAAGCCAGAGGAUCUGCGCGCCAAGUUCUUGGAUGGUGUGGCUAACGUUGCCGCUCUGUCGCUCUCUAUCGGCUACCCGACCAUCGCUUCCGCGCCACACUCCAUUGCCAACGGGUUCAAGAACCUGCUCGCGAUCGCGGCUGUCACUGAAGUUGACUUCAAGGAAGCCACCACUAUCAAGGAGUACAUCAAGGACCCGACCAAGUUCGCGGCUGCCGCUGCCGCCGCUGCGCCCGCUGCUGCUGCCCCAGCUGGUGAUGCCAAGAAAGAAGAGAAGAAGGAAGAAAAAGAGGAGUCCGAGAGCGAUGACGACAUGGGCUUCGGUCUCUUCGACUAAGUUGUUACAAUUCACAAACAAGAUUCGUACAUCAGGCCGGUGAUAACACCUUAGUACUCGGUCGGUCUUGUUUUGUAAGCCCACAUCUUGCACCCACUCGCGGAAAUCUUCAACGCCGCCGGGCUGUAUACCCACCCACAUGGCGGCUGAAGCUUCUAAACGUGGCGCGUGCUUGUCAAUAAAUACAACUUUGGUACAUA